CGGACGUGUUCCUGGAGGUGCCGACGAGGCGGGACCGCGCGCCGCUCCCUCGACAUCUCGUUCGCCAGCUUCCCGAAGCCCGAGGAGCUGCUCAAGUCCAGCACGACGGGCCUCACGCGCUCCGUGUCCCUCGAGCCGCCCAAGGCCCUCCGCUCCAAGAGCAUCGACAUCGAAUUACCGACCGAGGAGGACGGUGACUACAAGGUGGUGGUCACCUCGCCCAAGGCGCAAAAGAAGGCGAUCAACUCUGAGGUGGAAAUCCAGUGCGAGAAUGGAGAGCGCCGCGUUCUCCGCUCCACCUGCGACUGGGCGGAGGGAGCCAUCAACGGGGACCAUCUGUGGUGCCCGACCUCCGCUUCCGGGGACCUCUGCUACGUGGGCGAUGACUACUGCUGCAAAACGGGGCCUCGGAUGAAGUGCUCCGCCUGCAAGAUCAUCUCGCACACGGGAUGCAUAGCGGCCCUGGUGGAACGUGUUAAAUUCACGUGCAAACCGACGUUCCGCGAUGUGGGUCCCCGCCAGUACCGCGAGCAGACGGCGACGCACCACCACUGGGUUCAUCGCCGGACCCAGAAGGGGAAGUGCAAGCAGUGCGGCAAGGGGUUCCAGUCGAAACUGCUCUUUGGCUCGAAAGAGAUUGUGGCGAUCAGCUGUUCCUGGUGCAAGUCUGCCUACCACAACAAGGAGAGCUGCUUUAACAUGAGCAAGAUUGAGGAAACGUGUUCUCUUGGACUGCACUCCAGCAUCAUCGUCCCGCCCUCGUGGAUCGUGAAGCUCCCCCGGCGCGGCUCCUUCAAGUCCUCGCUCCGGAAGUCCCCCAAGAAGAGGGCUUCCACCAAGAGGAAGGGGCGUGACAAGGAAGACGGCGAAGACAAGGAGGAGACUGACGAGGAAUUAACCGAUGGCGCUGACGGCUACACCACGGACGAGGAAAAUGAGAAGGAGAGCCGCCCCUUCGCCAUCAAGCCGAUCCCCAACGCCAACAUCAGGCCCGUGAUCGUGUUCAUCAACCCGAAGAGCGGCGGGAACCAGGGCGCCAAGCUCAUGCAGAAGUUCCAGUGGCUCCUCAACCCUCGCCAAGUCUUCGAUCUCACGCAGGGAGGACCUCGCGCCGGGCUCGAGAUGUUCCGGAAAGUGGCCAACCUGCGCGUGCUGGCCUGCGGCGGUGACGGAACGGUCGGCUGGGUGCUGUCCAUCCUCGACCAGCUGAACUUCCAGCCCCCUCCCGCCGUCGCUGUCCUGCCCCUGGGAACCGGCAACGACUUGGCCCGCUCGCUGGGAUGGGGCGGAGGGUACACGGACGAGCCCAUCAGCAAGAUCCUGUGCAACAUCAGCGACGGCGAGGUCGUCUACCUGGAUCGCUGGCGAGUCAACGUCGAGAAGAACACCGAGUGCGAGCCCACCGAGGACGGCAAGGACAAGCUGCCCCUCAACGUCGUCAAUAAUUACUUCUCCUUCGGCGUCGAUGCGCAUAUCGCCCUCGAGUUCCACGAGGCCAGAGAGGCCAACCCACAGAAGUUCAACUCCCGUCUGCGAAACAAGAUGUUCUACGGGCAGGCGGGCGGCAAGGACCUCCUGCAGCGUAAGUGGAAGGACCUCUCGGACAACUGCACGGUCGAAUGCGAUGGCAAGGACGUCACGCCCAUCCUGAAGGAGCAUAAGGUCCACGCCGUCGUCUUCCUCAACAUCCCCAGCUACGGAUCCGGAACUCGGCCGUGGAACAGAGGCAGCGGCAUCGAUCAGGCUACUGACGACGGUAUCAUCGAAGUCAUCGGCUUAACCACUUACCAGAUGCCUCUUCUGCAAGCCGGAGGACACGGCACCACCAUCUGCCAGUGCAAGAGUGCCAAGAUCGUCACCAAGAAGACGAUCCCGAUGCAGGUGGACGGCGAGGCGUGCAGAGUCAACCCCAGCAUCAUCGAACUCACUCACCUCAACAAGGCGUCGAUGGUGACCAAGAAGAAGGCCAAGACCGUGCAGAUGCCUCACCUGGAGCAGCUCCGCCUACAAGUGUCAAGGAUAACCAUGUUUGACUACGAGCAACAUCACUACGACAAGGAGAAACUGCGCCAGGCUUCCUCGCCGCUUGGGUUGAUUAUGAUAGACCAAGACGCUGAUCUCGAACAGCGUGCACGGCGGAGAGGUUCUUCCGCAUCGACCGUGCCCAGGAGCACCUGCACUACGUCACCGACAUCUGCACGGAGGACCUGUACGUGUUGGACCCCGAGCUCACCGACCCCACCUGCGUGGGCGGCGUCAGAGGGGACGUAAGCGUGGACAACGACCUAGACCAUAGCGAGAGGAUGGCCAUGGUAAGCGACAGUGACUCUGGCGUGGGCGGCACUGACCUCGACCAGCGAAACCCCCCCGCCUCCACCUUCACCAUCAGCCACGACUCCCUCGACAACGAGGAGGAUGAGGCCCAGGGGUCCACGGACACCCGGGAUAAUAUCAGCCUGCAUGAGCGUGUCUUUGGACCAGAAUACUUCCCUCCCAGCCACCUGCUUGAGAAGAACUCUGAUGGAAUCAUAAAGGCAGCCAAGCAAGGAGACCUGAAGAUGUUGAAGGAUCUUCAUUCGCAAGGUUUCUCACUGCUAUCAAUUGAUGCACAUGGCCAGACAGCACUUCACUUUGGCGCUCGUCAUGGACACAAAGACAUUGUGCGCUAUUUGAUUGCAUCAGCCCCGCCUUCUAUCCUUGAUAUGGUGGACACAGAAAAAGGCCAGACAGCACUGCACCAGGCAGCCUCCAACAGGAGACGGACAGUAUGUUGCAUGCUCGUUGCUGCUGGGGCUUCCCUAACUAUCCGGGACCUCCAGGGCAACACACCUCGUGCUCUGGCCAGCGAGCUGAUGACCAAGAACUGGCUGCAUAUCUGGAGAGCCAAGAGAAAUUCUCUCAACCCAACAAUAAUAAACUCAAUUACGUUGACUAAUCUACCAACACAAAAAAAAGAUAAUAAUAAAAGAUAAAUAGUAACGGUGGGUGGCACCUGUUUUAUCAGGUCCCAGGUUGUUGUAUAUGGAAGAUUGUAGAUACAAAUCUUAGGUAUAUUGUCGAUGAAUCACAAGUUGCACUGCUUCUUUGCCAAUUUAGUUCACAC